AUGCUACACAGCAUACCACAUAGACCGCUGAAACUACAUUCGGGCACAGAAUUCUCCAUGCGGUGUGUUCUGGAUCACACGUUGUACAACGGUGGGAAUGACGGUGGCGCAACACCUACCUGGUUCCCAUAUUAUCCUGGUUACUACCAUUACAAAGUAGAUACGACCGUAGAAGGAGAUAUGCUAAUUCCAAUGCGAAACGAAGGAAGAAUCGCUGGCACAAAAUGUGGAUUAGACAUCAUUAUGCCAGAAUCUACGGACGAACAUUGUGAUUUGAUGAUCAAAUCCAAUAGCGGCGCAAUUUUGGUAUCCAGGGAUCCAGAUCACUCGGAGUACGUGCCAAUGACAUUCGUUUGCGGUAAGGAGUUUUCAGAAUCAGAUUUUGAUCAAAGCAUCAAUGACGCAUAUGCAGCUGCCAUUACCCUGGCUUUAACGCCGUUGGAGGAAUACACGUGGAACGUAGUUCAAAUUGACGUAGAGAUGACGGACCCAUACAUGCAAGGGUGCGGAAUUACUGAGUCAAGAGAUACGUUAUUCAAGCCCGAGACACCCAACAUAUAUGACGCUGACGGAAGAGAAAUCGGUUGCAAAAUCGACAUUCAGACCGCUAAGGAAGCAGCAUUCUACUGCCCGGCUCCUUACAUCCUCGACCCACCCAAUUGCUUCGACCAGGUCUACGUCAACGGUGAAGUGAAGGACCUAAGCGAGGUCAGCUAUUCGUUGGUAGCUUCUCGAACUAAUCACUUUGUCACGCUGAAGGUCGACUGCAGAGUCGUAGGAGCUGGAGAAAUGCUGCGCCAGACCCCGCCGUUGGAGUGUCGCUGUGUGACCAUCAAGGGUGUCGUUCUCUCAACCAUCCAGAUUGAAAACUACUACGCCUAG